CCGUGUGUGUGGUCGGUCGGUCUCGUGCGGUUAAGUUGUUUCAGUUUUAACUACUGAAACUAACGAGCUUCCUCUCGCUUAUUGAAUUGCAAAUCAGUGCGGAUUUUGAGACGCGCGGGUACGUAAUCUUACGUCGUUCGGGUCACACUCUGGCUUGACCUAGGCGGAGUGUUAUCAUUUUCAGACCGGACUAUGCACAUUGAAAAUUUCACCCAGCGUAUGUAGUUGAAGUUGAUCCUUUGUGGCGUGAUGAAGCUCGAUUUUGCUUGUAUGGUAGCGGUGACGAUGCUACUAUCGUUAGUAGUGGUAGUAGUUGAUUCAGAACAGCAAGUGUUGUCCCUAAGUAGAACUAAAAAGCUGACACCGAGGAUAAAAUGUGGACUUCGGAAGAUAAAGAGACGUGGCUUGAUCGUUGGUGGGCAAGAAACCUUUCCAGGAAAUUGGCCCUGGCAUGCGGCGGUUUAUCAUGUUGACCAAACAAAUCACAAACGAGAGUACAAAUGUGGUGGAACGCUGAUCCGCGCAGGCUACCUGUUGACUACGGCUUCCUGUGUUUAUCACGCAAAAGAGAAGCCCGAAGGGGCGGUAAUAGUGGAGCUCGGUCAGCAUAAUCUGGUUGAGUCUUUCUCUCGAAAGAUAGAUGCCAUCGUGCAAAAUAUUUCCGUUCAUGAAAAGUACAUUUCCGGCGAAACAAUGUACGAUAUAGCUGUUCUGCGACUGAAACAAAAUGUUAGCUUUACGAAUUACGUUCAACCAGUUUGCUUACCCGAUUCUUCCGAAUCUAUUGGUAACUAUGUUGGUGUGAGAGGAACUAUCGUUGGCUGGGGCUUCCGGGCAGCUGGUGCACUUUCUGACAAAUUGCAGAGCGCGGAGGUUCCGAUAAUUUCCUAUAUUGACUGCUUGAAGAGCGAUCGAGAUUUUUUCGCCAGGAAUAUAUACGACGGAAUGUUCUGCGCCGGACUGGUAAAUGGGACGGCCCCCUGCUUUGGAGACGCCGGAGGAGGGAUGUUCUUUCAGGACAAUCGCGUUUGGACGUUACGUGGAAUAAUUUCCUUCACCGAGCGGGUUUACGGGGCAACCGGAGGUUGCAAUACCGAGCAGUACUUCGGAUUGGUCAAUGUGGCUCAUUUUAUACCCUGGAUCGAGGAAACGAUUGCUCGUUGGAACGAUUCGAUCAGGCCUCCCGUUUCUCGAGUGCAGCAGCAGCAGCAGCAGCAGCAGCAGCAACACCGGCCUUGGUAGUGGAAAGGCAAAGCGAUAUAAUCUGGAGCUCCAAAAUGUGUGUGUGUAUAUGUAGGUAUUUGUGGAGAACAAUGUGCGAGCCAAGGCAAUCGCUUCGACUUUACUUCAACAACGCAGAGCUUGAGGGAGAGGGGCGGCGAUUGUGCAACAAUAUUUUGAUUACACCCAUUUUGGAUGAAAAAGGCAAGAUUUAAAGCAAAUUAUUGUUAUUUAUCCGCUUUAGCAUUCUUUUCAUUUCAAUUUUUCAUUUUUGUUUUUUUUUCGCCGCAUUACCCACCCCAUUUGCCUGCCACCUCUCUGGUUGCUUGCUUCCGUGUCGGUGGGUUCGUUUGUUUCGCUUCAGCGGCGUGGGUAGGCGGUCGAAAACGAAACGGAGUAUUUGGAUUAAAAGGGGAUUUUGUUUUGUUAUUUAGAGUAACAAUUUAUUGUUGCAGUUUCUGUAUGAGAUUAAGUGAUUCAGUUUUGAAACAAUAAGUUGAGUUGUAGCAGUUAGUUGGAAGUUUUAUAUAACUAUAGUAGGAAGUUUUGUAGCAACUAUACCGUAGAAAACUUUUAUUAUUGAGCCUCACAUCAAUACAGUUUGUAAUUUUUUUUUGUAAAAGGAAACCACACUAAACAGAUGAUGUAUUUACUGUCUUCCCUGCUUAUGAAACAAGGUAAUCACGAAGAAAAUGUUUGGGGAAAUUUGGCCAUGAAACAUUUCGAUAAUUUUGAAAAUACAAUUUGUAAU